UACUGUUUUAACGGAUUCUACUCGUGUAUUAAGUCUUAACCGUCUUCUACUAAGCCCGCGACUUGACUUUUAAUAAUCAAUUCAGUGAGAUUCACUGAUCUCAUAUUUCUACGAGUACCUUUCGUAUAUGCUUAAUGGUAUUCACGUGUUUCGUGAUUUUAGUUUUGUGCUUUCGUGAUUCAAAACUCAAUUAAACUCGAAACUAUUUAAACAUAUAUAUAUAACAACUCUAUCCAAAGAAGCAUGAUGACAUCCUCGAUGAAAUUACAGUGUUCUUCCUGCUUACGGAAGGAAGACUUCAUCGGUGAAACGAAGCCUGUUGUGAAAUAUUGUAUACAAUGUAAUGAAAAUAUGUGUAAGAUGUGCUUCAAAGACCACAUCAAGGCGAACACUAGCGCGGAUGUCAAACACGAUUACCUUAACAAUGACGAAAUGCCUCCGUGGUUGAAGGGUCCCAGCAAUGUCCAGUUAGGUGCCACGAUGUGUCCAAAACACCCUGACAACCACGUGGAUAUGCACUGUGCUGACCAUCACGUGUUUACGUGUGGCGCAUGCGUCGUGCUUGAACAUAGCAAAUGUGAAAACGUAAUUGAUUUGCAUGAAGAAAUACAGGGCGAUAAAGAUUCUGCGACAAAGUUUGCCAGUGAAAUUGAAGCUAUGAAGAAAGAAAUUAUGUGUUUGGUUGAUUUGAAAACAAAAGCAAAGUCGAGGAACCGCAAGGCUACGGCGGCAGCUCUGGCAUGUGUCCGAAAUUUUAGACAAUCAGUUGAGAAGGCAUUUGACAAACUUGAAAAGUCGACGGUUGAUGAAAUAAAUUCCUUUUGUCUUGAGCACGAUGAUAAGAUUGAACAAGAAAUACGAAAACUUGAAACACAGAGAAGAGUUGUAGAUCUUCAGAUGUCAUCAUACUUAAACAAACCAGAUACGAAUACUACAAAUGCGAUCGAUCAUGCUGUUAACUUAUACCACUGUAGAAAAUCACUUGAGGAAUCAUCACGCCUUUGUACAGAAGUCAGAUGUUCGGGAACAACGGAAUUGAGCCAGUUUCAAAUAAGCGAGCCCCUAGAAAAGUACCUCGCGGGUCUUAUAUCGCUAGGUGAGUUUGUUAGAACCAAAAGGAAUAAACGACAAGUAAUUACAAUUGAAAGAAUGCAUUUAGACUUGGACACACAAUCUGAAAUAGGAAUCCUGUCACCUACAGCUCUACAGACAGGAAGGAUCGUUAUCACAGAUUCCGAAAAUAAAGAAAUCAAAAUAUUUGACGAGAGUUGCUCCGUUAUCAAAACAAUAAGCUUAUUUUCAGCUCUCGAAGGACAUAAAGGAGACAGCGACAAACUUUCUUGUGAGCCUCAUGCAGUAUGCCGACUAGAUGAUGACAAAAUUGCUGUGUCUCUGGAGCGUGACAAGACUAUAGCGAUAAUCAAAUUCACGUUGCCAGCGUAUGACGUAAGCGACGUUUCACUGGUGAACGUUGAUGAGUUUUGUCGAGGUAUCGCGUAUAACAGUUUGUUUGACGAGAUUUACUGCUGUUGUGGAGGCGGGACGUUUCUCGGCGAAGGGCUUGGCCAAUUAAUGAUAUUCACGGGAUCAGGAAAGUAUCUCAGAACUGUGAAAACAGAAAAAGGAGUAAAGAAACCAUUAUUUGCCUGUCCGAGGGACGUCGCGGUCAACAGCAUUGGCUCCCAAAUCUUCGUCGCUGACACGGUGAAAGGAAUUCUUGUUCUCGACAGAAAGGGAGAACUGUUGCGCGUGUUUACAACUACUGAGUUAGAAGAACCAUAUGGCGUUUGUGUCGAUUUUAGUGACAAUAUCUAUGUAUGUGGUCAUUUGUCUAAUAAUGUCAUUAUGCUAGAUGAAAGUAUGGAUAUUUCAGAUGUGUUGGUUCAAGAGUCGGACGGUGUUCUGAGUCCACAGGCCAUAUGUGUCCUGCCUUGGAACUCCAAGAUAAUGAUCGUGUUGAACAAUAGUCUUGACGUUAUGUUUUUAUCUAAGUGUAAGAAGACAGCGUAGAUAAUUUGACUUUGUUACAAGCAUGUUUGUGCCCGCCCUUAAAGUAUGCUUUCUUACUAUGGACUCGCGUAAUAAUCAAACAAUUGAUAAUGGUUAUGGUUUCUCAAACGCGUGUGAAUACCGUUCGAAGCUCUUACGAAAGAGCAUAGGGCAUAACCAAGUCAUAGGUAGAAGUCGGAAAAUUGCUCAAAUUAGUUACAAUACCACAUUGUGAUAGGAAAUGUCUUUCAUGUAAUGUAUGAGAACAUAAUUAUAAAAAUUUGAGAAUAAUUGAAGAAAGAUUAUCAUAAUGGUCCAAAUACACCUUAAUUUAGUGCAUAACUUAAAUCAGAAAAUAUAAAUGUUAACAGAAAUCCUUUUUUUGUGUUUAAAGCAAAGAUAAAUAUUUAUCAUGUAUAACGUGUAAGACUGACGCCAUGAAAUACUUGACGCUUGAUAUGUAUUGCUGUUAACUUUAUAUAUAUGGUUGUGUUAUUUGCUUACGUAGUAUUUAUUGUAUCU